AGUGAACCGUAUUUGGUGGCUCUAGGGACUGAGUUCAGAUACUGGCAGGACGGUUUUUCCCCUUUCAUUUCGACGGGCAGCAGUUGCAACUGCGCUGGUUUUAAACAUGUCGGGCGGCUGGUCGGUGAAGGAUCACAAGAAUUACACGAACCCCAGCGCGGGGGUGAAGCGACCUCGCAACGACGUAGGGAACAGGGUGACAGUUGUCCUCGGAGCGCAAUGGGGGGACGAAGGCAAGGGAAAAGUGGUCGAUUUACUGGCGACAGAGUCCGACAUUAUUUGCAGAUGCCAGGGGGGCAAUAAUGCAGGACACACAGUGGUCGUGGAUGGGAAGGAAUAUGACUUCCACCUGCUUCCAAGCGGGAUUAUCAACUCCAAAGCCAUCUCCUUCAUUGGCAACGGGGUUGUCAUACAUCUGCCAGGCUUGUUUGAAGAGGGGGAUAAAAAUGAAAAGAAAGGCCUCAAAGACUGGGAGAAGCGACUGGUCAUCUCUGACCGGGCUCACAUUGUGUUUGACUUUCACCAGGCAGUAGAUGGACUGCAGGAGGUGCAGAGACAAGCACAGGAGGGAAAAAACAUUGGAACCACCAAGAAAGGCAUCGGCCCCACCUAUUCCAGCAAAGCAUCUCGCACCGGCCUGCGCAUCUGUGACCUGCUAGCCGACUUCAAAGAGUUCUCAGCCAGGUUUAAGAACCUCGCCCAGCAGUACCAGUCCAUGUUCCCCUCUCUGGAGAUUGAUGUCGACGCUCAGCUGAAAAAAUUAAAGGAAUACGCUGACAGGAUAAGGCCCAUGGUCCGAGACGGGGUCUAUUUCAUGUACGAGGCACUUCACGGACCCCCAAAGAAAAUCCUGGUUGAAGGAGCCAACGCUGCCCUGCUUGACAUUGACUUUGGCACGUACCCCUUUGUGACGUCGUCGAACUGCACCGUUGGUGGGGUGUGCACCGGGCUGGGCGUGCCACCCCAGAAUGUGGGCGAAGUCUACGGGGUGGUGAAGGCCUACACCACCAGGGUGGGCAUUGGGGCGUUCCCCACAGAGCAGCUCAACGAGAUCGGUGAACUGCUCCAGACUAGAGGCCAUGAGGUGGGCGUCACCACAGGCAGGAAGAGGCGCUGUGGUUGGCUGGACCUGGUCAUCCUGCGAUACGCCCACAUGAUCAACGGCUUCACUGCGUUUGCAUUAACAAAACUGGAUAUCCUUGAUGUGCUGGAUGAAAUCAAAGUUGGAGUGGCCUAUAAACUUAAUGGCAAAAAAAUUCCCUAUUUCCCAGCUAACAUGGACAUCCUACAGAAAGUGGAAGUGGAGUACGAGAAGCUGCCGGGCUGGAAGAGCGACACCACAGCUGCCAGGAAGUGGGAUGACCUCCCACCCAAAGCCCAGAACUACAUCCGCUUCGUGGAGAACCACAUUGGGGUCCCCAUUAAGUGGGUUGGUGUCGGAAAGUCCAGGGAAUCCAUGAUCCAGAUGUUCUAGGCACAGAAAACCCCCUCUCUCUUUCGAUGACGUCAGCCGAGAUACCCACGAUGCAUUUGCUCCAAGCGGAUUUCCCCUUUUUUUAACCACACAGCAGACUGCCAACUGUCAUGCCAGAACAGACGCACAAAUACCCAGCAGCCACAUGAUCCUCAGCAAAAUUACGAGAGACUUGGAGACAGGACAGGAUAUUGGAGCUUGCCAUUCAUUACAUAUGUGGUACCUGGCUGUUAAUUGCUGCCGAUCUAAAUGGAUUUGGCACAUUAUAUUCUGCCAGGAACUCUAUUUCAUUCGCAUGCAUGUCUCUGGUACUGGUGCUACACACUGAAGUUAGGGUCAAAGUUCAAAUCAAGCUUUAUGCUGAGCAUGAAGCAAGUUGAUUACAAGUAAUGCAAAUAUGGCUCCUAAGUAUUCUAUGUUUAUCUCAGAUAUAAAAGCCAGGCAAUUGUUUGCCCUCUGCAAAGCAUUAAAGCAAGUGCCAGAGCCAUCCAGAUAUAUUGCAACUAUCUCAAACCACACAAAGAUGGCUUUUUUGUAGUUGCCAGGGAUGUCUUGACUCGAGUUUUCAAGUAAGUCCGCUGAGGACUGUAAACCCAACUGAAAGUUUGCUCAGCACAAAAGUAUGAAACUACUUCAGCAUGUAUCACUGUGAUUAUUUUACUCUUUCAGUUCUCUCUCUUAUCUCCUCAAGUCUUGCCAGAAUAGUUUUGUCCAUGUGCAAGUGUGAAUGUUUUUUUUUUGUUUCUUCAGCAGCAGCAAACA